GGGAGAACAUGAGCCACGGUUCUUGUAUUACCACAAAGCAUUACCGCAAGGAGGGGACGGAGACGCGGAGGUUCGGCGAAGCUCUAAUUCAUGGGUUCAUCAAGAGGAGUGGUGUCAUUCCUCAGACUGUUGCAGAGUAAUUUCCAGCUGCAAUGUCGAUGACUUCAGUAUUUUCUCUCAGGCAAGGAUUUUUUUUUUCUUAAUGUAAAGUGAAAAACAACAGGAGGAUGGUGGGUCUCUCUUCGUCCUCUUCUGUAACAGCUAUGGAGCACCUGGUGGCAGAGCUGAAUGUCCUGCUAAAACUGCUGGACCAUGAGACCCUGAGCGCAGCAACAGCGGAGAAGAAGACAGCUGUGAGAAACCUCCUGAAGCAGCUGAAGCCCUCACUUAAUGGAACAGACUACAUGUACAUGAACACUUCCAUAUACCGAAACGGCACAAGCUUUGUAGAAUCCCUGUUUGAAGAGUUUGACUGUGACCUGAGGGACCUCAAAGACGCCGUAGAGGAACAGAAGGACGAGAGAGAGGAGGAAACGCCUGAAACGGAAACACCGCCCCCAAAAUCGAGCCCAGCAGAUACUCCGCCGCCCCUGCCCACCACACCCCCACCAGAGGAUUACUAUGAGGAGGCUGUGCCCCUCAGCCCUGGCAAGAGCCCCCAGUACAUCACUACCCGUGUUGCCCUUUGCACUUUCACAGGUAGUUCAAGCCCCCCAAACUCCAUAGAAGAUGGAUACUAUGAAGAUGCAGAUAACAACUAUCCGACCACCCGCAUCAAUGGUCAUCGUAAGAACUCCUACAAUGACUCGGACGCUCUCAGCAGUUCUUAUGAGUCAUACGAUGAGGAAGAUGAGGAGACCAAGGCCCAGCGCCUCACGCAUCAGUGGCCAUCUGAAGAGAACUCCAUGGGCCCAGUGAAGGACUGCCGCAUCUGUGCCUUCCUGCUGCGGAAGAAGCGCUUCGGACAGUGGGCCAAGCAGCUGACUGUCAUACGUGAGAACCGUCUGCUGUGUUACAAGAGCUCCAAGGACCAUACCCCUUACAUGGACCUGCCUCUCAAACUGUGCACUGUGACCUAUGUGCCCAAAGAUGGGCGGAGAAAGAAGCACGAGCUGCGCUUCUCGCUGCCCGGCGGUGAGGCCCUAGUACUGGCCGUGCAGAGCAAGGAGCAGGCUGAGGGCUGGAUCAGAAUUAUCCGUGAGGUGAGCAGCCAGGGAAGCAGCGGUCUUGGUUUGGACGGCACCGGCUCUCCCUCCAUCGUCCGAAAGGUGGAACUUGACAAGAGGUUGUCAGCUGACAAGCAGACAUCUGAUUCGGACAGCGUGGCCACAGGGGACAACGUCUCAUCCCCCGUCACCCGGGAGGGCCGUGAUCAGGGUAAGGCAAAGCGGGCUGCACUAUCAGAGUUGACCGGGUCAGUGAGUCGGGCAGCGGGGCGCAAGAUCACCCGGAUUAUCAGCUUCUCGAAGAAAAAGCCCCCGCUGCCUGGGGACCACCACACCUCCCCUGAUGACGAUGACCCUCGGAGUGGUUACCUGGGUGUCUUGGUGAAUCAGUGCUGGAAGGAGAGGUGGUGCAGCGUGCGUGGGAGCUCCUUAUAUCUGCACCGGGACCGGUCAGACCUGCGCACCCACAUCAACGUCAUACCACUGCAAGGCUGCGAGGUGGUCCCUGGGCUGGGACCUAAGCACCCCUUCGCCCUCCGAAUAAUGCGGGGGGGCAACGAGGUGGCUGCGCUGGAGGCUACCUGCUCGGAGGAGAUGGGUCGCUGGCUAGGGAUCCUGAUGGCUGAGACAGGCUGCACUUCAGGUCCGGAGUCCUUGCACUACGACUACGUGGAUGUGGAUACCAUCGCCAACAUCCGUGAUGCUGCUCGCCACUCCUUCCUGUGGGCCACCUCCUCCAGCAGUGCAUCCACAGACUCCAGGACCUAUGAUGAGGUUCCGUAUGAGAAAGUUCAGCCAGAGGAGCAGAGCCCUAAGGCAGGAGCACCCGUGAAGCGCCACUCCUCUUUCUCCAACAGAGAGAUGCAGGUGGACCCAGCAGUCACGGUCAAACGACACGGCUCCAAUGCAAAUCAGUACGGGAAGUACGGAAAGACCCGCGCAGAGGAAGAUGCACGCAAAUACCUUAGCGUGAAAGAGGCGCUGGAGAAAGAGAGGGACGGGAUCCGAAGCGCGCUGCUCUCAUUACGCAAGGAGAAGAGGGUGGUUAAAGAGGAGCUGAAGAGUGCCGCAGGUAAGCAAAAGACAACCCUAGAGGAGCGUUUGGCUGAGCUGGAGGAGUGCUGCAAGAAGAAGGAGGCUGAUCGAGUGGACCUGGAACUCAAGCUGACUGAAGUCAAGGAGAAUCUGAAGAAGUCCCUGGCAGGAGGAGUAUUGGGGGCACCAGUGGAGGUCAAGCCAGCCAGCAUGGGCAGUAAAACAGAAUGCCCCUACAGCGAGUCAUCUUUACCAGUCAACUGUGCCUCAGAAAUCCGCAAGCGCCCUUCCUCCAUCUACGCAUCUGCCAAGGGGAAUGUCAUGCAGAAGGCCAAGGAAUGGGAGUCAAAGAAAGGGACAUAAAGGUGGUUCUGGACUAUGGGAGAUUUCAGCCUGGAGGACAGUCUCCCUGAAUCUGGGGACCAAGAGUUUACAGCUGGAAACAUACAAUACAGACAUACACACGUACUCAAACCUGUUACCUGUUCUGGAAGCCUUCUUCCUCAGAUGAAGACAUGCUGUGGAGACCCUGCUAAUGCCGCUGGAACAUUUCACUUUUCAGACAACUGGGAUUCAUAAUACCGUUGGAAACAUAUGUCAUGGAAAGGCAUAAAAUAUGUACAGUAUAUGUGCUGGAUUCAUGGAGACAAGACAGGGACCUGUGCAUUCUUGAGAACUCUCACGUUUGGAGGAACAGCAUGGACAAAAGCUUGAACUUGUUGGAGACUUGGGAAAGGGAUGUGUUUCAUGGGUUCAGAGUGUUUGUGAGCAAGCAGCAGAAGAGUGCAGUUAAUAAAGUUGAUAAAAGGAACAAGGAGGGAAUACAUACUAUACUGUGAGACAACCAAGUAAAAGGUUGUAAGUUAAAUAUUGUUAAGUAUUACACUAAAUAUACUGCUGAUAAAGACAAGGAAAUAAAUACUGUUUUGUAUUUUUUUUUUUUUUUUACUUUUUACACUGUGCAAUGUUGUCCUUGUACUUAAAAAGAGCAGAUUUUAUAAAUGGAGAUUGUACGUUAACCACACAGUGGACUGUGUUCAUUAUACCAAAUAAAGCACACUACAGAUUGUUCAAUAAAAUACUUUACAGAUUUUCCCUCAUAGCUCUCAUCGUGGAUUAUAAUACUUCUAGACGUCACCAAGCGUUCAAUUGUACAACAUUUUUUGUGGGAUACUUUUAGUAUCAUUGUAGAGUAUCUAACCA